UGCACGUCAUUGCUAUGUUGGAUGUAGAAAUAAUCAUAUUCUGAGCAUAAAUGUGUAUGUCCAAAUUUAAUGUAGACUGCAUCCUUCACAGUGUGCUUUUGAAGAGGCUGACGCAAAGGGCUGUCCAAAUUCUAUCAGGCUCCUUCAAAUGCGGCCCACAAAUGUGUCCUUCUCUACUGGAUCGCAGCGUGCAUUCGGACCAUCCUUCACCUUCCGCGAGAGUAACAUUUCAACAUUGGCGUGCAAAACAGGGAGAAGCAACCAUGUCAUCUCUUCAAAUGAGUUGGCCGGUGCCGAUGCGAGCCAUUGGAGCGCAGAAUCUCCUCACUAUGCCUGGAGGAGUUGCCAUUGCAGGGUACCUCCACAAGAAGGGAGGCAGCCAGUUUAGCCUUUUGAGAUGGCCACUGAGGUACAUUAUCAUCCACAAAGGUUGUGUGUACUAUUUCAGGAGUAGUACUUCUCCUGCACCACAGGGGGCGUUUUCUCUGAAUGGGUACAACAGAGUGAUGAGAGCAGCAGAGGAGACAACAUCCAACAAUGUUUUCCCAUUCAAGAUCAUCCACAUCAGUAAGAAACACAGGACGUGGCUUUUCUCCGCAGCGAGCGAAGAUGAGAGAAGGAGUUGGAUGCGAUCCCUGCGGUGCGAGAUAAGUCGUUACAAUGACAGACAAGAGUCCAAUGCUCCAAGCGACUCAGAUUCCGACGCAGACAGUUUCUACGGGACGAUAGAGAGGCCCUUGGAGAUUAAAGACCCAAUCAAUAAUGCGGAGAACGGUAGACUGGGCUUGAAUACAUGCAUGAGAAAAUGUAUUUACAUUUUCCUAUCUUCUCUGCAUGUAGAUUUUUGUGAUGAUGAUGACGAUGAAGACGACGAGGACUAUGUGAAGCCGGACAGUGAGUGUUUGCCGACAUGCUCAGGCCGACCCACUGGACCGCCACCUUCCUACCCGCCUCCCCCCGUGCCAAUGGUGUCCCAGCGCCAUCAAGGCUUCUGUCCAAGCAACCGUAAAGGCAGGCCACCUCCAGUUCCGUCACACAGCAGAAUCCCAACAAGACAAAAAAACCUUCCCUUGAAACCCCCUCCCAUUCUUAAAGAUAAAAACAAAGGUCCGCCACCUCCUCCCCCCUUUGUCCGCCAACUGCACAAGCCAUUCUCUGAUAUCCCGCCGCCCCUUCCUCCCCCCAACACACAGCAGCGACCUCUUAGAAGCAUGGCACUGUCAGUGGUUGGGACUGAGACUAAUAGAAGCGGCUGGAGGUCUCUACCUCUCCCGUCCCCAACCACCCUGCCCAUCUGUGAACGACUACAGACCAGGAUGGUCCUCGAUGGUUCAGACCACUGCUCUCCUAAUAUUGUGUCCAACCGGUCUCUUAGCGACAACCAUCUCGGAGCACCUGUGAGCAACCUUCACAGCAAACCAAGCCUAUCUGGAACAAACGCUACAGUUUCUGAAGGCCGAACGCCCAAACCUCACAAGUCAUACCUUCAGGCAUCUUCCAGUCACCCACCGCUGCCCUGUAACCCGCCUCAAGCUCCUCAUCUUCAAACUGGACUGAGUAUGCCUAAAGCUCCACCAGCAGUCAAGCCUCCACUGCCAGUCACCAGACCCAGACUGCCGGGUGCCCCCCUUCAAAGAGCAUCUCCAGAAGGUCAAAGCUUCCGUUCAUCCAGAGAUGAGACAGAUGUGGCAAUCAAGAAGAAACAAGACUUGACCAAAUGCAAAGAAGGAGACGUUUCGGACGAUGAUUAUGAUAAUAUGCUUCUGCCAGACUCUGUGUACAUUGACACAACGGAAACAAGCAUUGUAGAGAAGUUAUUCAAGGAGUGCUCCAACCUUCCACAAGAUGGCCUUUAUGGAAUCAGAAACUCAGGAACCAAAACCUCAAAGGUGCUGGUGGUGUGGGAUGUGGCCAUAAGCAAAGCCAGAAACUACCGUUUGUUUGAAGAGGGUGACCGGGUGUAUCUGGACUCGGAUGUAACCUUUCCCAGUCUGUCAUCUAUGGUGGAACACUACUACAACCAUCCUUUGCCUCACCAUGGCUCGCUUUGCCUGCAGAGACCAUACUCGUGAACACUAGGGAUGGGCGAUACUGAAAAUAUUGGUACUGAUUUGAUGCCUCGUAAAGACAGGGCCGGUAUCGCCAAUACCAAUUACUUGAAAACCUCUCAAUUUGAUUUGCCUUUCAUUUUUGAAUCAUGAAUAUAAUGAGAAUAAAAAACAGGGCAAAGAUUUUAGGCUCAAAAUUAUUGAUAAAAUAUGUAAAUAAUGUGUUUAACAAUAUGUAAAUACACUAUAAGACAAUGUAAUAUAACAAAUAUUAUUUGUAUUUUAAAUGUAUAUAUAUUAAAAAAUGUACAUAGAUUAUUUAUUUAUAAUUUUUUAAAAAGAGAAUUUUAGAAUAAUACAAUUGGCUCUCAUUUAGAUCGCAACCCAAGGGUGUAAAACGUACAAUCCGGCCCGCGAACAGGUUUUAUCCGGCCCGCGGGAUGAGUUUGCUAAGUAUAAAAAUGAGCCAACAUUUUUUAAUGAAAGAAACUGCUGUUCUAAAUGUGUCCACUAGAUGUCGCAAUAGCAAUUUGUAGAUUAUGCUGCAUAUGUAAAAAAAAUACAAAUAAACCACAUGACGUUAGUGCACCAGUCGAGGAAAAUGAGCAAAAUACACAAAUAAUUAUCCUGUAAUUUGAUUUUGAUAUCAUUUUUUUAAUCUUGAUUAGAGAUGUCCGAUAAUAUCGGCCUGCCGAUCUAAAUGUUUUAGAAUGUAAUAUCGGAAAUUAUCGGUUUCGUUUUUUUUUAUUAUCGGUAUGUUUUUUUUGUUUUUUUUAAUUAAAUCAACAUAAAAAACACAAGAUACACUUACAAUUAGUACACUAACCCAAAAAACCUCCCUCCCCCAUUUACACUCAUUCACACAAAAGGGUUGUUUCUUUCUGUUAUUAAUAUUCUGGUUCCUACAUUAUAUAUCAAUAUAUAUCAAUACAGUCUGCAAGGAAUACAGUCCAUAAGCGUGCUGCUGGUCCACUAAUAGUACUAACCUUUAACAGUUAAUUUGACUAAUUUUCAUUACUUACU